GCGUCCCUGACUGGGUAGUGAGAGUAAACAUGAACGGUCCUGGCGAGGUUCAGAAGAAUGAAGAUCAAGAGGGAGAAGCUGCGGCCACUGGGCCUCAGGCAGAGACCCUGGAGGCCAAAAGGUCCUGGACUGCAGAUUCACACUCUGCUCUGGAAGCAGAAGGCACCCAUGGGUUUGGAGAACGGGUCAUGGCUACCCUCUAUCUGGAGUCUUGCCGGGCCAAUAGUGUUGUGCCAGUUUCUUGUCUUCUGCGCCAAGAGAGUGCCUCUGAAUUGAACCUUCGGCACCGUGGCCUGGGGCCCCAGGGGGUCCGGGCGUUGGCUUCUGUAUUGACCUCUAAUCCCUACAUCAAGCGUCUGGAUCUUCGGGACAAUGGGCUCUGUGGUGCUGGAGCAGAUGCUCUGGCUGAUGUCCUGCGUAAGAACAACAUUAUCUCUGAUGUGGACCUGUCAGAGAAUCAGAUUGGAGCUGCAGGGCUCCAGGCGAUCUGCACUGCCCUUGCCUUAAACCCAACUGUUGAGAAGAUGCAGCUGCAAGGGAACAGGCUGGAGGAACAGGCAGCCCAGCACCUCGCUGCUCUUCUGCUGCAUCACAGGGGCCUGAAAUCUCUAGACCUCAGCUAUAAUCAGCUCAAUGACCUGGCAGGAGAGAUACUUGGCCCUGCUGUGGCAGAAAACACAGGACUCACAGAGCUUAACCUCAGUUGGAAUUGCCUGCGAGGUCUGGGAGCCGCCGCGUUUGCCCGAGGCCUGGAGGCAAAUAUAUUCUUGAAAGUCCUAGACAUCUCUCAUAAUGGCUUUGGAGACUCUGGUGCCAGUGCGAUUGGUGAUGCCCUCAGGGUCAACAAUGUCUUAGAAGAACUGAAUAUGAGAAACAACCGAAUCUCCGUGUCAGGAGCCCUGAAGUUGGGGUUAGGUCUGCAAGUCAAUCAGACGCUGCGGAUUCUUAUUAUUUCCAAGAAUCCUAUUCGCAGUGACGGCUGUGUUGGCCUCCUUAAGUCUGUCCGGAACAACAAAUCAUCUGCCCUAGAACUGCUGGAUGUGUCUGAUAUUCAAGUAAGCAGAGAAUGUGAGGACCUCGCUAGCUCCAUGAACGAAAUUCUUCCAGGACUCUGUAUAAAGCUUUAUACUUCUAGAAGAAAAGACUGGCCACAGGCCUCUACACCAUCCCAGCCAGCAUCUGCACCAAGUGACUCUGGUCUCUAAUAUGUUACUUUAACAUUCACAUUGCUGGUCAUUUAAUGCACAACAUGAGUAUCUUCCUUUCUGCUCUGGCAUCUUCCAUAAUCUGGCUUCAUUUGCUGUGGUUUAUUCAUUCAACCAAAAAUCUGCCCAUGAACAACACUGAACACAAGGUCCAUGACAUUCAUGUCAUCCAGAUCUUCAUGUUCUGGUGACUCUGUUCAACAAAUCAUAAAGGAGAUAUGCAAAUGGAUUUCCCAAGCUCUCUUGCAAGAAGACAGUCAUAACCCAUUGGAAGGCAACUGAUCAUUACAUUCUGAAUUAUAAAAUCACCCAUGUGCUUCCGGUUUCCAUCUGUGCCCCAGAGCUGACUCUGUGCCAUAGCUCUCCAUACCCAAAUCCCGCUGGGAGAGAGCUGGUCCCCAGCUGACACAGCUGUGAGCAUAGGUGAGACUACCACUUCUGCUCAAAUUCCUGGUUGAAGAGGGACCAAGGAACAGCCAGUGAACAGAUCCUUCCAGUUUCCAUCUUCAUUCAGAGCUGAGCCUGUACCACAGCUCCUCAUACCCAAAUCCCACCGGGAGAGAACUGGUCUCCCAAGGAGUGCUGACACAGACUUAUAGGAGGAACAAGUCACAGUCAGAGACAGCAAAACCAGCUAACACCACAGAUAACCAGAUUUUGAGAGUCAAGGGCAAUAACGUAAGCAACAGAAAACACGGCUACUUGGCAUCAUCAGAACCCAGUUCUCCCACCACAGCUAGCCCUGGAUACCCCAAUACACUGGAAAGGCAAGAUUCUAAUUUAAAAUAACAUCUCAUGAUGAUGAUAGAGGACUUUAAGAAGGACAUAAAUAGGGCUGAAGAGAUAGCUCAGUGGUUAAGAGCACUGACUGUUCUUCCAGAGGUCCUGAGUUCAAUUCCCAGCAACCACAUGGUGGCCCACAACCAUCUGUAAUGGGAUCCAGUGCCCUCUUCUGGUGUGUCUGAAGAUAACCACAGUGUACUUAUAUACAUAAAAUAAAUGAAUAAAUC